UCUGGCGGCUUGAUUCCGGUGCUGCUCUGACAAACCCGCCUUAAUAGCAUCAGUAGGUGGUGACGGAGAGGGGGGGAGAGAGCAAAAGCGACGGGAACAUGACGAAACGGCACCGCGGAGGACGGACAAACUAGACUGAGAGACGGACGGACAGUCAGUCCCCCCUCCUCCUCCUCCUCCUCGCUGACGGCUUGACUGACACACACAGGCGCUUGGCACAGACAGGGACAUACAUGCACAUCAUCCACUUUUUGCAAACACGCAGGCUGCGCAUCCGAGCUGGCAGUAAUUGGGCAGCGGAGACCCACAGCAGAUGAGGGCAUUUCAGGUCCAGCCUGUCCAGGAAUCACUGUGACCCCGACGGAAAGGAGUUCGACUUGACAGGAUGGGGGGAGUAAGUGAAGGAGAUGAUGUGUUGGCUCGAUGGAGUGAUGGACUACUGUACCUCGGCAAUGUGAAAAGAGUAGAUGGAGUCAAGCAAUGUUGUCUGGUGAGAUUUGAGGACAACUCUGAGUUCUGGGUACUGAGAAAGGACAUUCACUCGUUUGCCGCUGGAGUGGAAGAAGUUUGCUGUAUUUGUGACGCUCCGCCUCUUAAAGAACCCCUCAUAAAUUGUCUUAAAUGUCGCCACGGUUAUCAUCCGGAGUGUCACACGCCAGCCAUCGAACCGGAAGCUGACAGCGAUUCGUGGAUAUGUCGGCAAUGUGUCUUUGCAGUCGCAACCAAGAGAGGGGGGGCCCUCAAGCGGGGGCGCUUUGCCCGGCUCAUGCAGUUCAUGAAACUUCGGCUGCCCUAUCAGCUGUCAUCUCUGGACUGGGACCCGCAGCACCUGACCAAUCAGCAGCAGUGUUACUGCUACUGUGCCGGACCUGGAGAGUGGAACCUGAAGAUGUUACAGUGUGGCAGCUGUGGGCAGUGGUUCCACGAGGCCUGCACGCAGUGUCUGACCAAGCCACUGCUGUAUGGGGACAGGUUUUAUCAGUUCCAGUGCUCCGUAUGUACGAAGGGACCGGAGACGAUCCAAAGACUCCCCAUGACUUGGGUGGAUUUGGCUCAUUUAGUGCUCUACCAUCUCUCGCUGUGCUGCAAGAGGAAAUACUUUGAUUUUGACCAUGAAAUCCUGUCCUUCACCAAUGAGAAUUGGGACUCGUUGCUGCUCGGCGCGCUCUCUGACACGCCGAGGCAGGACCGCUGUCACAAUCUCCUCAACGCUCUGAACUCCCACAAGGACAGGUUUGUCUCUGGAAAGGAGAUCAAGAAGAAAAAGUGUCUUUUUGGGCUCCAGGUUCGAGCUCCUCCACCGCUCACGUCCGAUUCGUCGCCGCUCAUCACCGACCCACCUAUCAACAUCACGCACCGGAGAAGCCCGCUGUCACUGCCCUGCCAGAGGAGAGCGGGGGGGCCAGAGUCACGUAAAUCAAAGCGUCGCAUCAUGGAGACACAGGCUUGUCCACCCCCAGUAGCUGCCAACCCUAUUGAGCUUCUGCCAUGUUGCCAUGGCUACAUGGGCGGGGCCAGCCUUUAUAACUCCAGGAAGUCAGAGGAGGAGCUUAACCUGAGCUCUCCUCCCAAACGGAUGUACGCCCUCUACCACACCACCUACAAUGGAAACACGGCACUCUCCAGGAGUCUCCAUCACUACAACAGCAUGGAGGACAACUGCAGGUUACCACCAACAUACUUCCCGUACCCCCUCAACUCCAACGGUAGCCAUCACCACCACCAUCUCCAUCAGCACCACCACCACAGCCACCAACACAACCACCAACAUCAGCACCAGGUGGGGCAGAAGCAGAUGGAACCCCUCAUCCUACGCGACCUAACACCUUAUCAGGCUGGCAUGGGUGCAGGAGGUGGUGGAGGUGGAGGUGGUGGAGGUGGAGGAGGGGGAGGUGGAGGUGGAGGUGGAGGAGGUGGCGGCGGAGGAGUGGGAAUGGGAGUGGGAGGUGGGGACGGGACAGUGGGCAGGAACUGGGGAGGAGGGGAGGCGGUGAGGAUCCUGGCGAGACGAGUCACGCCGGACGGGAAGGUGCAGUACCUCGUGGAGUGGGAGAACGUGAGUGUGUACUGAGACAGAGAGCAAACCGAGACACAAUGACUGUUUCACGGUUGCCGCAGAACCGCCGCGUAUGUAAUACGCAGCAGCGUUUAAAGUACAAACAAAACGAAAGGAAAAAAAAUCUACACGUUGCAAAUCCAGGUUGCUCUCAUAAUAUCACCUCUAUUCUACUUCAUUAUAACCUCACUACUUGUUACUAAAUGUCCCUCUUUGCUAGUGUUUCUCUGAUAUUUGUACUGUUAACUUUGGAAUAUGCCUUUGCAUUUAUCAUCUUUUACAGUGAUGAGGGAAAGUGUCUAAACCUCCCGAUGAUUUGUCUGUGUUUGGGCCACAUUUAAUGUUAUUAAUAGUCAUCAUAUAAUUAAAGACAGUGCUUAAAAAGAAAUAUCUGAAAUUUAUGGAGCAGAAAAAAUAAGAACUUCUUUUUUUAGUUUUGUGUUGAAGCCUAGUUAACAGGAAAGAGUAGAGAAAGAGUGACCUUAGGAAGAAAGCAGAGAGAAACAGCUGGCCUACAUCUGUCUGGGCUCAUUCAUUUAAAUGUUUGUUGUUUAUUUUGUGGUUUUAUGGCUCCGUGUUUGUUUGGCACAGUUUGUGUUGGUUGUAGCUUCAUAUUUAAUGCACCCAGCCAUCAGUAAGAUGCCCUCUUAGUUAAGAGACAAACAAUAUACCACAAAGCCAACUUGAUGUGGAUUAUAUAGCAUAAUAAUUUGAAAUUAAAAUAAUUUUAAGAAUGACUAGAAAUGUGCAACACACCAGGCUGAAAAAGUACUAAUGUGAUCAUAAACAAGAAUUUGAUGACUGACUUGAUAAAUGAUGGUGAGAGGACCAGAAACUAGAAACUAAUUUAGUCAAAAAAGUGAAAAUUAUUUUCCACACAUACACCUGACCUCCCCGGUAAGGUGUAUGUGUGGGUGCUGGAAAGGAGGGUCUGUCCAUUAGUCGAACCUUGGAUUCAAGAGGAACCGUAGAGCUGGACCAGCUCUCGAGGAUAUUCAAGUGGACCAGUCUACAUGGGGUUUGUAGACUUUUGUGGAAGGCAUGCGCUCCU